AUGUCUUUCCCAAGCACAUAUAUCCAUGAACCUGAGGAAAAUACAAAGAAUAAACUUCCUGAGGUUUAUGGGAAAGGAAAAGGGAGAGCUGAAGAAAUCAAUCAUGGUAAUUAUAUGACUCAAAGUGAUCAUCAAAUUACUAAUAAAGUCAAUGAAAAGAAAAAGAGGAAGAAUAACAGAAGAAAACACACUGGGGCUAUUGAUGACCAAGGAAGCAAGCUAUUUUACAAACAAAGUACUAAUACAGAGAAAGGGCAAACCAGUUGCAUAAAGAAGGGUCCUACUAUCAACAAUAAGGCUCAAGACAAGAACAUUUCCACCCAACAGCCCAAUACCGACACCAAAACAACAAACCAGAAGGAUACUAAUCUCAAUAGUAAAGCACAGGAUAGGAACCAAAUCACCAUACAGUCCAAAACAAGUGAGACUUACCCUAUUGAUCCUGGAGAUGCUCAACAUAAUUAUCUCAAACUCAUCAGUGGGACUAGUCUUGAAGAAGACCAAGAAAGUGAUGAAAUAUUUAUCAGUAAACAGGGACAUCAAUCUGAAUCAUCUUCUGAGGAAGAAGAAGAGGAUAGUUCUGAAGAUCAGGAUUAUGAAGAGGAAAUGAGCACUGAAGUCAGUGACGACUAUGUUAGUGUUGACAGUGAAAGUUUUAAUGGUGAAGACCUUUCAGACAAUCAUGACAAUAUGAAUCUUUCCAGUGAUGAACAUGCCGAUAUCUUAACCGGAUCCUUUUGCUCUCAAGCAUUGGUUGAUGUAAAUGUUACUUCAGAAUUUGCCAAGAUUAUAGACAAAACUCAUAUUUCUCCUAGGGGCAGAGGAAGAGGCAGAAACAACAACAGAGGUGGAAGACAAAAUGCUAGAGAAAGAGGUGGCAGGAUCACCACACAACAGCCUGUAAGCAUCAACUCCAAUGGUACUUUUGACAGACUUAAACAAAUCAUCAGGCUUCAACAUCCACCUUUCAUAGCUAUUAGUGAGCCUUUCUAUAAGGCUGACCAAAUAGACAAAUUCAAGAGAUUACUGGGAUUCACUAAUGCAUAUGCCAACUGUAAUAGUCAAAUAUGGCUAUUUUGGAAUGAUAUAAUAGAUUGUAGUGUGGUAGAAGAAACUGACCAACAAGAUAGCUUGAGAGAUGUUGCUGCAAAUUAUAACUUACCUUGGUAUAUUGCUGGGGAUUUUAAUUAUAUUACUGAUCCUGCUGAGAAGCAAGGUGGUACUCCUCAUAGAAUGUCCAAAAGUCUUUCUUUCCUGCAAUGCAUCAUGGAAUGUGAUCUGGUGGAUCCAGGAUACUCUGGAUCCAAUUUCAUCUGGUGUAAUGGAUGGUCUCCGGAUAAGAGAGUUUGGCAGAGAUUGGAUAGAGUUCUAGUUAAUCAUGAAUGGAUGAACCUGUUUGAUUCGACCUCGGUUGAUCACCUAAUAAGGACAGGGUCUGAUCAUUCUCUUCUCCUAACUAUUGCUCUCACAAAUCAGAGAAAUCAUACUAAAUAUUUCAGAUUCCUAGAUUUAUGGACCGAGGAGGAGAAUUUCUAUAAGACUGUGGAAAAUGCUUGGAAUAGUGAAGUUCAGGGCUCAGCUAUAAACUCCGUGGGGAAUAUUUUUGACCAAGUUACUGAUUUGGAAAAGAAUGUGGAUGACAUUGAAAGCAGGAUCCUCAUUGACAAUUCUGAGAUACUAAAUGACUAUGAUAAUGAUCGUCUCACUGCCAAUCCAACUGUGGAUGAACUGAAAGAUGUGGUUUAUUCCAUGAGUUCCCACAGUGCUCCUGGCCCUGAUGGGAUCUCAGGGAAAUUCUAUCAUAGUUGUUGGGAAAUCAUAAAAGAUGAUUUGGUACUAAUGGUUCUUGAUUUUUUUGCAGUCAAGAUCCUUUCAAAAUUAGUUAAUCAAAGACUCAGUUGCCUCAUGCACUUCAUCAAAGGCAUAUCAAUCACAGACAAUAUCAUGUUAACCCAAGAGAUGGUUCAUAACAUCAACAGAACCUCUACACAUGGCAAUGUGGUGCUUAAACUGGACAUGACUAAAGCAUAUGACAGGGUUACCUGGGAUUAUCUUUGUAGAAUACUUAGACAAUUUAGGUUCUUUGAGAGAUGGAUUGACAGUGUUUGGAGACUCAUCACUAAUGUCUGGUAUUCUGUCAAUAUUAAUGGCACUAGACAUGGUUUUUUCAGCUCCACUAGAAGCAUCAAACAGGGAGAUCCUCUUUCCCCCUUUCUCUUUAUUAUAGGAGCUAAAUUGUUUUCUAAAAUGAUGGACUCUUUAACUCAAUCAAAUUUUAUUCCAUUUUCCAUGGAUAAGAAUGACCCUAAUAUCUCUCAUUUAUGCUAUGCAGAUGAUACUAUCUUAUUCUCUUCAUGUGAUCCCCAAUCUCUAGAGCUGCUGAUGAAUAAAUUGGGGAAAUAUGAAGAGGUUUUUGGACAACUUAUCAACAAGAGAAAAUCUGGAUUCUAUGUGACUUUUAAAGAAGAUGACCCCAGGAUCAAUAUUAUUAAAGGGAUCACUGGUUUUAAUCAUUGCCAGUUCCCUAUGAUCUAUCUCGGAUGCCCCAUUUAUGUUGGGAGGAAAAUAAUUAUUUAUUUCAAUACUAUGGUGACAAAAGUUGCUAAAAGGCUACAAGGAUGGCAAGGAAAACUUGUUUCUUAUGGAGGAAAGGCAGUCCUUAUUAAAUCAGUGCUCCAGGAUCUUCCUCUAUAUUUAUUAUCUGUUGUAUAUCCUCCCAAGACUGCUUUGUAA